AUGAUCGAAGGGCCGUCAUCAAGGAAGCGCAAAUUUGCUGAGGACUACCUUUCCGACUCUGAUUCAUCAGACAGUCAAGCUUCUGCACCGCAUUUUCACGAUGCUAUGGUUUCAAUGACCAAACCAGGCUCAGACGAGAGUGAUCAUGAGUGGAAAGAAAGAAGAAUAGAUUACUUUGAAAAAUUUGCCAAAGAAAAGCGCCCCCUCACUCUCAGGCAUGAUUAUCAUCACCCAAUCGAUAAAAAUAUCGUGGAAAAACACAUCCGGGGAUUCAGCCAGUUGCUCGAAUUAAAAAAACCUGAUUACUCAAAAAGAUUCAUUUUUCACAAAAAGCUACCAUUCAGGCUGGUUUAUCACGACGAUGGCCGACCGGGUAGGCAAUCAGAGGUCUUACAAGCUGGUUCCAAUCUCAAACAGACAGAUUGGGCUUGGAAAUCGCUGUACGAAACAUUGGUAACUUCAAUAUCCGAGAAACAUUCCGAAGAUUACAAGAUGGAGCUCUUCAAGAAAGACAUUUACAUAUCGGAGCAAGAGGGACUAUUGAGGUGGCUGGACAAAGAGAUCUUUGCGCCUUAUAACAGUCUUCCGAUUCUAGGACUCUCUCGAUACUCAUUUGGAUCAGAAGGAAUCGAUGAAGCCCUACUACAGCCUAAUCAAGAAAAAUUGAUAAACUACUUUUCUCAGGAUGCAAAAAAAAUAAACACCGAACCGACAGUAUCUGAACUCCUUAAAUCCUACAAACACAGGCCGCUGAAGGAGCCGCCGGAAACAAUGAAACUUCCUGAUUACUAUUCUUCAGAGAAAAACCAUGAAAGCUGGGUGAAACUCAUUGAAGAUCCCGUACGUGGAUAUGGGUUAUAUUAUAAAUAA